UGUAACUCAUUCAUGCCGAAGAGAAUGAACUGAGCACUUUCAGCACCCGGAGCUUAUGUAUGCGUUUACACUGCAGUUUCCUCCUAAUCGCGUACCUGACCUGGAUUAAAGGACACUAUUUUAUUGCACCCUCGUUGUGUUUGCGUGUGUAUGAGUGUGUGCGUGUGUGUGCGCGCGCGAGUGUGAGUGCUCUGGCAAGUGGGCGAGUGUUUACGUUUUACGGAGCAGGUGAUCUUUGAUAACAGUGACUCCAGUUGGGAAGCAUUUCGCUUUGUCGUUUCAACAUGAUUAUGUCCCGAGGAGAAUAAAUCUAUUUUUUUUUUCUUCAAUGACUCUUUUGAAAAAAGAAUACUGCAUUUUUCCACAUCAGAUCAAUAAUCAAUUAUAUUAAUAAUUAACAAUCCAUUCGUUGGGAUUAAUUUACUCUUGUUUCUUUAGUUUUUUUAUUCACAAUUCAAUUUAUUGUUAGACCUCCUGUAUUUUUGACUUCUCUAAAUGUUUGGAAUCCAAGACCAUUUAGCCAGAGGGGGACCUACCGUAAAAGACAAAGCUUUGGGACUGGAGAUGGACUCCGUGAGGACUUGGGUGCGCAGUGUUGGAGUUGUGGAUGCUAACGUAGCAGCACAAAGUGGCGUGGCUCUGUCACGGGCGCACUUUGAGAAGCAGCCUCCUUCCAACCUGCGCAAAUCCAAUUUCUUUCACUUCGUGUUGGCACUGUAUGACCGUCAAGGGCAGCCCAUAGAGAUCGAGAGGACGGCUUUUGUAGACUUCGUAGAAAAUGAAAAGGAGCAGAGUACAGAGAAGACAAAUAAUGGCACUCACUACAAACUGCAGCUGCUGUACAGCAAUGGAGUGCGGACAGAACAGGAUCUCUAUGUGAGGCUCAUUGACUCCGUCUCAAAACAACCUAUCUCAUAUGAAGGCCAGAACAAAAAUCCAGAGAUGUGCCGGGUCCUCCUCACCCAUGAAGUCAUGUGCAGUCGCUGUUGUGAGAAAAAGAGCUGUGGCAAUCGCAAUGAGACACCAUCAGACCCAGUGAUCAUUGACCGAUUUUUCUUGAAGUUUUUUCUGAAAUGCAACCAGAAUUGUCUGAAGACUGCAGGGAAUCCCAGAGACAUGAGACGCUUUCAGGUUGUUUUAUCCACAACCGUCAGUGUGGAUGGCCAUGUCUUAGCUGUCUCUGAUAACAUGUUCGUCCACAACAACUCCAAACAUGGUCGGCGGACCCGCAGAAUGGAUCCUUCAGACGGCCCAGAACCUGGCAUGGAAUAUGCAACACCUUGCAUCAAAGCUAUCAGUCCCAGUGAAGGAUGGACAACAGGAGGAGCCAUGGUCAUUGUCAUCGGGGAGAACUUUUUCGAUGGGCUCCAGGUGGUCUUCGGCACUAUGCUGGUGUGGAGUGAGCUAAUUACACCACAUGCGAUCCGAGUACAAACCCCACCUCGGCACAUACCUGGAGUUGUGGAAGUCACGCUCUCCUACAAGUCGAAGCAGUUCUGUAAAGGAGCCCCUGGUCGUUUCAUCUACACUGCCCUGAAUGAGCCAACUAUAGACUAUGGGUUUCAGAGGCUUCAGAAGGUUAUUCCACGCCACCCUGGGGAUCCAGAAAAACUAGCAAAGGAAAUGCUGCUGAAAAGAGCAGCGGAUCUUGUUGAAGCGCUAUAUGGGAAUCAACAUAGCAACCAGGAUAUGUUGCUGAAACGUGCUGCCGACAUCGCAGAAGCCCUUUACAGUGUGCCACGCUCUCAUAGCCAACUACAGGCUCUGCCCAGCUCGCCAGCUCAUGGGAGUGUCAUGGGGCUCAACUCUUACAGUGGCCAGCUGGGUGUCACCAUUGGAGAAUCUAGCCAGAGCAACAGUCAGAGUUACAUUAGGAAUCCAAGCAGUUUGUCUCCACGAGGAUACCCUUCAGCCUCCACCCCCCAGCAGUCUGGCUACAGCAGUUCAGGCAGCAUGAAUGGUUAUGGCUCCGUACCCAUGUCUAGCCUGGCCGUGCCAGGAUCGCCUGGCUUCAGUGGCACCUCUCCAAAUGGCUCCCCUUAUGGCAUCAUGCCAUCCAGCCCAACGGUCCCAGGUUCUGGAUCCUCUUCCAUCUUACCCUUCUCAUCAUUCCCCUCAGUCAAGCAAAAGAGCGCUUUCGCGCCAGUGAUCCGACCGCAGGGCUCCCCCUCGCCGGCUUGUCCAGGCACUGGGGGGAACAGCUUCAGAGCCAUGACUGGUCUUGUUAUCCCACCAAUGUAAGAGACUUUUUCUUGGCUCAGCUGAUCGACAUCCAAGCAGCGACGCAUCAGCAGACCUGGGCUGUACCUUCAAAUGGUAGUGGACUGACGGCCACGACAGGCAUGAAUGUGAUUACAUGGACCCUUAUUGUGGCUUCUGGGGGAUACUCUUACAGUGAAGUAGAUUGAUGAGACCCCCCAAAAAGCUGUCUUUCCAAGCACAAUGGCACAAACAGCUGUUAUCUGGAUAUUUUGGAAUAGAAAUACAUAGAAAAAAGAUUGAACAGAUUAAUGGGAAAAAGCCAGAUUGGAAAGCAAACUGUAUAAAUGCAAUAUGGACCUUACAGGAAAGUGACUACGAUGAUUUUCUUUUUUUAUAUUUGCUAUCCCUUCUUCACGUAUGAACUAUACCAGGCUUUUCUGGGGAAAUAGUGAAUCGCUGUUACCGAAAAUUAGGACGCUCUCAGGAAAGACUGACCCAUGGAGCUCCUCUGCGGUUCAUUAUCGACGAUUCUGGCUCCAGUACAAUCACAGAACCUUGACGUUGGCAGAAAAGCCAACCAGCCAACCAGUCAGCCAGCCAGCCAGCCAGCCAGCCAGCUUCACUCACAUCGCUGCAUUUUCCCAUGAGUCCUGGAUGCCACUUCAUCUGGAUGAAGCUAGAGAUUUAGCGCUUGUGUUUGAAUGACUGAUUGAUGUGACCCUGUAAACGCUUCUUUUUAUGUUAUUUAAGUGAGAAUGUUAACUUAUUACUACGGUAUAACUAGAAUUAGGAAUAAUAAAACUUUUGUCUUCCUUUUUAAGAUUAAUAUUAUUACAGUUCUUUUUUAUAAACUGUUUCAUCUUGUUGCAUUCAAAUAAUUGAAUAUAAACCAGAAUAGUUAGUUCAUUAUUUAAAAAAGAGACUGGUGAUAAUGAUUUAAGGAGAAUUGUGGCAAUUUUCUUUACUUUAUUUAUAUAAUCACAUUCUAGGGUAAUUUGAGAAAUAAUACAUGUUGAGCCUCAUGUAUUCUUGGCAGAUUUUUAAAGAGAUGUGGACUUAAAGAGUACUCACUAAUGGCUGGGGUGAUUCUAAUAAUGUUGCAUUAUUUUUCAUGGCUUUUAAUGGUACGUAGAGAAAGGUGUCCUCUGCUCAGUGCACCUGAUUAAGAAUGAAUGCCAACAUAGGACUGGGGUUACCUGUAGUUGGAGGGCAGUGAUAUUGGUGUGUGCCUAUUUCAUUGGAACCCGAAAAUGAAGUCCCGUCAUCUGCCUUACGAGCUUCUGUCCGUGUCUGGAGUGGCAGAUGCACUGUAGCUUUCAUUAACCACUUCACACACUUUAAUGAAAUGAAUGAACAAACCAUUCUCAAACCUGCUGGGUCAGGGAAGACAUAGCCAAUGUCAGCAGCUUUAAUGCAAGGCAGGAACGCGUAGUGCAAAAUGCACCACAAGAGCAAUGCCAAUUGGUCAGGAAAAGUCCAGUGAUGUGCUUAUCCUUCAGACCACACCAGCCAUUCAUCUUGGACCACCACACUAUUGUUGACCCCUGCUUUCAUCUAAGUUUUUAUCAAAGGAUUAUAAAAGGGAACAAAGUGUCCCAGUCCUACAGGGUGCCAAUGCCACACCCCAGACUGUUUGGGACACAAAUCUGCUGCACUGCACAUGCAAGCACAAUUUAAAUAUCCUAGGAAGCUGAUCUGUGGGAAGUGGGAAAGAAAAAUCCACGUGAGUCCACACAAAAGGUGGCCUGCCUCAGAACUGGACCAGAUCUAUCAUAGUCCUACUACAUUUAAAAAGAAAAAGCAUCUCAUCGAUAUUUUAAACUUUAGAAAUCUGUUUAUCGUACUUGCAAAUUAAAAGAAUGGACAUCUUUUCUCAAUGAUCCUGUAAUUUAUAAUACUUACUUUACGGUAGAAUUCCUAACAGCAGUAGGACAUGUCUGGGGCCCAUCUUAAAGUCCACAAAUGAAACAGCAGUUUGUUCUCUAAUUUAAUUGAUUUAGUUAACAAACUGGCCACAAAAUGAAUAACUCAGAGAUUUCCAUUGAAAUUAGCAUAUCAGAAAUGUCUUCAGAUGAACUUCCCGAC